CGGCAUCAUCAAUCUCCAGAGCUUCCAGGCUCCAGGUUUCCCAUACGGACGCCCAGCCUUUAACUUUUAAGGUUAUAAGGGUCUCAUCCGGAUCAUGACGACCGAUCCUAUCGACCCGCGGCUUCACUACCCUUCCUCCCUGCCACCGCGCACUCUUCCGCAGUCCUAUCCGACCAACUCUGCUGCACUUCAAAGUGCUGCCACCGCCGCCCAACAACCUUACUACAACCUCCCCACCAGCGCGCAUCCACCUCCCCCGCAACUUUCUCAUUCGUCGCCGAGCAAUCUCGAUCCCGCCCUCGGGCAGACCUCCCCAACAGUCAACGAUGGCACACCGGACAAUCAUGAUGAUGGCGGACACAAUAUCGAGCGCGAUGGGAGCCAUGACGAACAUCCGGUGGGGAUCUCCUCCACUGACAUGAAGCGUCCGCGCGCAUGCGACUCCUGUAGAGGCUUAAAGGUUCGUUGCGACCAGGAAAGACCUGACCGGUCAUGUCGACGGUGCGCAAAGGCCAACCGGCCUUGUAUCACCACGCCACCGACGCGAAAACGGCAGAAGAAGGCAGAUAGCCGUGUUGCCGAGCUGGAGCGCAAGAUUGAUGCACUAACAGCCACUCUGCACGCUCAGAAGACCGGAGUGCCCGACGGGCCGCCGUCAAUAUCCUACAUCGGAAACCUGCCGCAGCCUGAGGAUCAUAGCAGCACGUUUGAAACACGCGAGGCACAGUAUAGGUUCGGGUCCAUCAAUCAUGACUGGAGCAGUGGGGCGGUUGGUCAGUAUCCUGAUCCACCCCCGGGCUAUGGACCAGCUCAAACUGCCCAAAGGGGCCCAGAACCUAAGCGACGAAAGCUGGAUGAUGACAGGAACAAUCACGCAACGAUACCAGAAGACAUGGAUGCCAUCCAUCGUGAUUUAGCGGAACAUCCUGAAAUGAAACGUACCAAUAAGAAGGGAAUACAGGCAGAUCACUCCUACAUUAGCAACCUCAUCGAUACGCUUGUGAGGCCUGACGUUGCGGAGCGAAUAUUCUAUCGAUACGUUAAUGAGAUCUGUCCACAUUUCCCCGCAGUUCCAAUGGCACCCGGAACGACAGCACGCGAGAUUCGUGAGAAAAAGCCAGUGUUAUUCUUGGCAAUACUUGCAGGAUCCUCUCACGGAAGUGCUGAGCAGCUGGUCUCGCAAGAUGUGCAACGAGAGCUUAUGCAAAUGCUCAAAGACCAGCUCGCCGAUAUCAUCUGGCGCAAUGGCGAGAAAUCCUUGGAGAUUGUCCAAGCGUUGCAGUUAGGCGUAUUAUGGUACCGACCGCCAUUACAUUACGAGCAGCAUAACUUCUAUAUGAUGGUUAAUUGCGCCGCAGUCAUGGCACUUGACCUAGGCUUAGGGCGACAGCCGACUCCGAAUGUGAUGAAGUUACCCGUUGGACCUUUUCGCCGGUGCAAUCCGAAUGCUGCAAGUAUUGAGUCACGGCGAACAUUCCUUGUUUGCUACUACCUCUGCAUGAGUAUCACCAUGGUUCUUCGCAGACCGAUCUUAUUGCGCUGGACCAAGUACAUGGACGAGAGUGUGAAGAUGCUCGAAACAUCUCCUGAUGCCCUUCCGUCCGACAAAUUGCUCGUUCAGCAUGUAAAGAUGGCCCACAUUGGUGAGGACAUAUCCGUGUCUUUUAGUAUGGACGAUCCUUCGGCCGAGGUCUCCAUUUCUGAGCCGAAAGUCAUCUAUGCGUUGCGACGUUUCGAGGCAGAUCUAAAACAAUUAAGAGAUGAGAACGCGCAAUUCCUAGACGUUGAUCCUGCUCUUCGACUCGCUGAGCACGUAACAAACCUCUAUAUCCAUGAAAUUGCGCUGCAUCACAAUCAGAGUCCAGCAGACUUCCAGCCCCCUUUCCCGUCGGAAACACUGCAAUCUGCGGUUGGCAAGGAUGCAAUCGGUCCCGCCCACAUCAGCGCUCUGGGCGAAUGUCUUACUGCAACCCAUGGGAUUUUGGAUACUAUUCUUAGUGUUCCCCUCGAAAUCCUUCUGACCCUUCCCGUUAUAUUUUGUGUCCGCGCUAUAUAUGCGAUCGUGUGCUUGAUGAAGAUGUGGGUGUCGGUCAAUAGCCCCGGAGAAGUCGGCUUCAUUAUCAAGCAAGAGCAUCUCGGUAUCGAGUCAUACACGGAGCGCCUCGUCGCCAUGUUCAACGCCAUCGUGAUACGUGACGCGCAGAGCCCGCAUGGCAAGUUUUUCUUUGUCGCUAAGCGACUGCAAGAACGGUUUGCUCAGAUCAAAGAGGGUACAAGCAGGACAGAGGCUGAAAAUAGAGACGAUUCGCGUCGGGCAGCAGCAAAGACAGAAGCCAACUCGCAUCCCAAGCAGGAUUCAACUAACCAGACACCAUUGCAUCUUCUUUCCGAAGUCGCCAUGGGAAGCGGCAAUCCCCCAGUGGCUCAAUCACAGCAGGCAGCAGGUCCUCCCAACCAGCCGCAGGCUCAGCAGCUACCGCCAGGGUGGUAUGAUGUAGGAUUGACGCAGCAAUCGGGUGCGAUGGAGAUACCCCAAAGUGGAUUUGACUCCAGCUUUGAUAUUGCGCAAUUUGACUUCGGUAUGGGGAGCGAUGCAGACUUGUCGGCUUUAUUCAUCCCAGAUGCCGCCCUUUGGAACUUUGGAACAGUGCAGACUGGGACGUAUACUGGCGCUUCUUUUUAAAUGCUUGACCGAAAGGUCUAAUGUAUUAUACAAUAUCCCUGUCCUAAUAACGCUGCGUUCGUAGUGGAUUCGGACCACGGGUGAUGGGUAUGUACUAGUAAAUGGGCCGUUCACUGUGCAUAGUCUUUAAUUGCACUGAAAUGGAACCAAUGUCGCUAGGUAAUCAUUCAGAUCUUUCCUUCCCCGUCAUGUCUUUCUGCUCCUAGUUCUGAAUCGCUUACAGCCAGUAAGUGAACCUUAAGGAAAUAUGCUAGAUAGCCGUUGUGAUCCAUCUUAAUGCUAUCU